AGUAUGGUGUUGCGCUGAAAUACACGAGUUCAAAAUUUAUCUGGUGAAUAAAUAGCAAUUACAUACUUCUUCUAUUGAAAGGGAAUUAUCACGAAUGACGUGCCGUGACAGUCCAUCCAGGAGCUGAUGGAGAUGAGCCGCAGUGACAUGUCGAGUGAUGAAGCAGCCAGGCCCACGCAUCCAGGGACUUUCCCAACCGGCCAGCCCGGGAACAGCGGCCACGCGCCGGCUAAAGGCAAUGUGGACUUCCCGGUGUGUGUGGUUCUACCUGCCGGUGGCAGCGGAGAGAGGACCGGGUUGCAAACGCCCAAACAGUUUUGCCUGUUACUGAGCCGACCGCUUAUAAGCUACACAAUUCAGACUUUUGAGAGGGUGUCAUGGAUCCAGAGCGUUGUGGUGGUUGUUGCCAAAGAAAACAUGGACCUAAUGGCGGACAUCAUUCAGCGCUUUCACCACACCAAAGUUCGAGUGGUGCCAGGCGGCUCAACACGUCACAAGUCCAUACGGAACGGUGUACUGGCUCUGGCUGAGCAGGAGAAGGAGGGGUCCACAGCAGGAAGGCCAAAGGUUGUCAUCAUUCACGAUGCCGUGCGGCCUUUUGUGGAAGAGGACUUCCUGUACAAGAUCACCAUGGCUGCCCGGGAACACGGAGCGGCUGGGGCCAUCCGACCUCUUGUUUCCACGGUGAUCGCCACGACAUCAGAGGGCUACCUGGACCACGCUCUGGAGCGAGCCAAGUACAGAGCCAGCGAGAUGCCGCAGGGCUUCACGUAUGACGUCAUCCAUCAAGCCUAUCAGAGGUGCACCGGGGCUGACUUUGACUUUGGUACAGAGUGCCUCCAUCUGGUUCUGCAGUACUGCGGCACCAACGCUAAGCUCAUUGAGGGCCCGCCAACACUGUGGAAGGUUACGUACAAACGGGACUUGGCUGCCGCGGAGUCCAUUGUCAAAGACACGGUGUCGCAGUGGGUCUGCAUGAUCACAGGUGGAUGUGAGCGUGCCAGGAUCCUGGCCGACGCCCUGCGCAAGGACUUUUCCGCAUUGGAAAUGGAGCUGGACGUCAUCCCAGAUCUGACAGGAGACAACGUCAGGUAUCUGUUCAAGGGGUGGAACUUCAUCCACUUUUCUAUUCAUGGCUCCGACCUGGCUGAAGUGAAAGCCACCUUAGAGGCCUUGGAGGCAACCCAUCAAACUCUUCUCUACCCGGUGGUCGUCAUUUGGGUCAAUUUCAGCACUUUGGAUGGCGGCACAUCAGAGCCAGCAGCCAUCAUGGAGUUGGCGUCUGCAGCCAAACUGCUAAAUAUUCUGCUGUACGGCAUCCAUCUGCAGCAGUCAAAGGAUGUCAAGUGCUGGGAGAGGUCUGUGUCAAAGGUCGCUGAGAUAAUGUCCACCUUGAUCCAAGAGAGGAGCCCCGCACUUGCUGGACAACUUCUGCAGGCCUGACGCCACAAAAAUGGCCAACUUCCAUCAUGAACACGUUUACAUAUGCGACUGCCAGAGAGUUUGACUUUUCCUGAAAUGAAAAAGCACUCCGAGCCAAGAGCUGUCACUUCUCGGCCUGGUCCACAUCUUCUAGUUUGUGAGAUCAGAUCUCGAUGUGAGUAUUUUCAAAAGGCCCGGCGUGACUAAUAAAUGGACUUUGGCAUGUGAAAUUGUUGUAACGUCCCUUACAUGCCCCCCAGUAGCUGUUUUCCCUGGGGAUUUAAAGUGCGUGUUAAAAAAAAAAAAAAAAGAAGUUACGCUAGAUUUUUGUGAUUAAAAAAAAUCACUAAGCGGAGAAAACUAAACUGUGGUUGGAUUUCAGUGGACAUUUUCCCAUCCAUAAACAUCUCGUUAAAAGACUUCAAUCACAACAACCUUUUUUUAAGUCACUACAUGACUGUUAAUUACUUAUUUAUGUUGGUAUUCAAAUACUACUUUUACUUUCUUGUAUAUUCCAUGUAUGUAUUGAACCGCAACUUACUUCAUUUCAAGCGAAAUGCUGCCCUCGGCUGGAAAGAAGCGGUCAUUGCAGCAAGACAACUAUACAAGGGUUUUUUUACAAAUAAAAUAUUUCAUAAAUAUAUGAUUGAUGAAAUCUAAUACAUGAAGUAUAUAAUUUCAUAGAUAAAAUAUGUGAAAUUAUUUAAUUUAUUCAAGACAAUGGAAAAUAAAAAAACAGCAAAAAUGGGAAAAAAAGAGCAAAGAGUGAAGUUGAUAGUAAUACUACUUUUUUUCCACCUAUAUCCCAAAGCUGAGAUGCAGUUUUUUAUUGAAAUAUAUAUAAAUUCUUAGCAUAUGUGUUGACAUUUGAGGACAAAAACAAGACAUUUUUAUGGGCAUAUGAAUUACUCGCGUAUUUUUGCGAUAAAACUGUUCUGCUGUUGUUGACAAGUGGGACCAGACGUGAAAACGCACCAAUCAGUGUUGAAUUUAGUGACUGUAUUUAUUAAACGCAUGGCGGCCAUCGGCACCUGAGCAUCAUCAUCACAACUUAUGGAACUCCUGUAGUGUUAUAUAAAUAUUGCAAAUACAUAUUUUUGGUCGUCUCUACCCACAAUGAAGGCGAUGCGUAUAAAAACAAGUUUGUCUUGUCACUCUGCUACUUCCUUUUUAAGGCAGAAUUUCUAGGACUCCUUCUCUGUGAGCGCUAACACGAAACUGUUUUCCACGUACUACGAGAUGGUCGGGUAAUUAAGGAACGAGGACAAAGACCACACGGCACCUCAAACUGUCUUCCUGCGAGCGUCUCUUGGAGAAGUCCACACGGUGGUCUUCAGCUCCACUGCCAGUCAGCUCACUGCUUCCUGGUGAAUGGAUGUGUUCUGGAGCCAGCCGGCAUCACCGGAGCCCCUCAGUUGUCGGCGGUGGGGAUGGGCGUGGCGCUUGAGGCCUCGGCGGGAGCGACCUCGCUGUUGUCCUCCGUGGAGAGCUGCUUCAUGGAGUCAGAGGCCUCCUGCACUGCUGCACUCUCCUCUGGAACACAACAGCAAAUGGAGGUAGAACACCACAACAUAUCCUCACCAACUGCUAAUAAAAGUCAAAGUUGUGGGUUUCAGCACUGAACUUAUUAACAAUACAUGAAUGAUAUUGUUUUUCUUGACAAGUGAUCAUUGUCCAUUGAAAACCAUGUAGAGUAGAUUCCCUCCUAUUCACAGCCGAUCCAAUUGCCGUAUAACGUUUGUACCUGUGGGCCACACUCCAACAUGGUACGUGCGGAAACGCGCCUCAAAGCUGGUUGCCACUCGACUCCUGUCACCCGCAAGAAGAAAAUGCAACACCACCAUGCAGACAUGUCCGGUGUACCGUGGUGAAGUUAGUUUCACUUUGGACGUCGGACAUUCGGCUCCGUAGCUACAGCGGUAGUUCCCCCUUACUGUGCCUGGACUGCUGUGUCAUUGUGUGGGGAACUCCCACGCAGGGGCGGAGCUACGUGGUGGCUGUGGCCCCUCCCCACAUUGCAGUUAUGAACUUAUUGCCACCCCUGUGUGAGUAAUGGUCUCACCUUGCACACCCCAAUGAAAUAUUUCUGGCUCCGCCACUGCUCGCACAAGAAGUGCUGCUCUAACCGCUGGUUGUUUACACCAGGGACCGUCAAUAAAUUACUAUUACGCUAAAGCGAGUUUGAUUUAAAAAAAAAAAAAAAAAAGUCAUAUUCUAAAUCACACCAGAAAUUGAUCUACAAUCAUGUCAAAUGAGUAGUCCUACCCUAAAAGUAUUUUGCACACCCAUGUUUUCCGAUUUAACUUUUAUUGGAUGGAUCUUUUAUCGGAUUUGGGACCUGACUCAGGUGUGUUACAAAAGCCAAACAAAUAUUGUUGGUCAUGCUGUGGAAUAAAAAAAAAAAAUAAAAAAAAAAGUAAAUUCAGCAAUACUUUAGUUGCAUUAUUUUUAAUGCUUUGAAGAGCUAUUUUCAUAACCAUAUUCAAUUCCACAAAUAAAUAAAUGGAUCAGUAGACUACACAAAAAAUUGGAUUGGAUCAGAAGCCAAAAAAUGUGAAUCGUGACAUCCCUUUCAUGUGUAAAAGUGACUUUAAAAUGGGUGUAAUAACUGUGAGAGGCGUACUACAGGGUUUAAAAACUCAAAAACAGGCCAUUAUUUAACAAUGUGGGUCUACCCUUUCCUUCCAGCAGUGUAUGAAUGAAUUAAGUCAUGUGACCAACCCGUGUCGUGCGCCACUCUGACUUUGUUGGCCUGUGCUUCCUGCUUCUCCCGCUGCUCCUGAAGCUUCUUGCACACCUUCUUGUGAGUGAACCAGUGCAUCUUCUGACACGCUUGGUCGCAGUAGAUCACCUGGUGCAAGCACACGCAUGAAGAUAAGAUACCAAAACACUUGAAAUGUACUCAAAUGUGCUUUGUGCUCUACUUGAAGUCAUUCAGCAUUAUGGAGUGGAUGUCAUGUGGCCGUCAUGUGACUAUCCCAGGAUAUGGCCUUCCCAAAAGAAGUUAAGCCACUCAAUAAAACAAAUGUCUUCUGUGUUCCACUUGGUCUGUGGCAUGUUCCCCAUCGUUCUACUUGAUAUAAGAGGCCUUAGCGGAGGUCAGCGCACUCACCGUUUUACAGAUAGAGCAUCUCUUCUCGGCUCCCUUCUCUCCACAGGAAGUGCAGAACUCUGCGUCCAUGAAGCCGACCUGACCCGUGAUGGCCUGGGUCAGCACGGAGAGCGCUGUGGGGUCGUUACCCUGUCCCAAAAGAAGAGCAACCGUGGUUCUUCUGCCAUCAGCGGUGGUGAUGACGUCACAGCGGCCAGUCAGGGAUACUCACGAUCUCCACGGGGGCGAUGCUGCGGACCAGCUGCUGCAGCAGUGUGGCGUCGCAGUAGGGGAAUUUGCGCACACACUCUCGGAGGAACUUCUCCUGGUAUACCGGGAAGCCGUCUCCGUCUCGGCCCUUCAGAAGGCUGCGGGAGGACAAAGCACGUUGCCAUGGAAACAAACAGGGAAGAUAUUUAGUCCACUACUUUGCCACGUCAUGCAUGUUGUGGAUGAGAAUUUGUACUUGAGGCAAUACCACGCAAGAUCCAGCAGCGAGUGCUGCUGCGGGCUCCUCCCCCAUCUAAAAGCACUCACCGGCCGCUCAGUUUUAGUGAGUACACUAGGUCCCCAACUUACGAACACUCGCGGAUUCGAACACAAGCCGACUGGUCUAUAUUUUAUUUUAUUUUGCCUUGUAGUCGCUCAAUCAGUAUUUCUACUGCUACUGGACAUGCUUGACCAGUAGAGGGCACUGUGACACUGCUAAUGCAGCCUUAGAGCUAAUGGGACCAAUAGAGGAAGAGUUAGACUGGGGAGAUACAGUGUAAAGCUAAAUGGAAAGAUAAAUGAUACAACCGGGACAGAGCGUGUGAUUAAAGUUUAUGAAGAGUUAAUAGGCCUGCUUAAUUCUACACCACCCACAGAACACUACCUCUUUUAGAAGAGUCUAACCACCACCACCAUUUGUCCUUUUUUUCAAUAACUCCUCCUCCUCCUCCUCCUCCUCCACAACGAUGUAUGCUCGACCACUCCUCUUCAAAGGUAAAUAACAUUUAUCAUUACGUAUUAUUAUAUCAUUUUUAUUAUUGUUUUUUCAUUAAUUAUCCUGGUUUAAUAUUACUACU